CUCCCUGCCUGCUCGAGGUUCUGUUGCCAUCAUGAAUGACACUGUAGCUAUCUGGACCCGGAAGUUCAUGACCAACCGACUACUUCAAAGGAAACAAAUGGUCAUUGAUGUCCUUCAUCCCGGGAAAGCAACAGUACCCAAGACAAAAAUUCGGGAAAAACUUGCCAAAAUGUACAAGACUACACCGGAUGUCAUUUUUGUGUUUGGAUUCAGAACCCACUUCGGGGGUGGCAAGACGACUGGCUUCGGCAUGAUUUAUGAUUCUUUGGAUUAUGCAAAGAAAAAUGAACCCAAACAUAGACUUGCAAGACAUGGCCUGUAUGAGAAGAAAAAGACAUCAAGAAAGCAGCGGAAGGAACGCAAGAACAGAAUGAAGAAAGUCAGGGGCACUGCAAAGGCAAACGUUGGUGCUGGCAAAAAGCCGAAGGAGUAAAGACUUUGCAGUGCCUGUCUUUCACGAGAGGAUUAAUAAACUGUAAAAACUUAAAAAAAAAAA